UGAUGCUUCUUCAGCGGGAUUUUUACAGACAUCCAAUCCAAUCCAUUUUCUUGAACGAACAUGAUUGAAACGUGCGCCCGGUUUCCCUUUCUUCAUCUUCGAGUCAAAGAGGACGACACGCAGCCCGACAACAAAGGCACCUCUUCUAAGUUGAUUUUAGACCGUUUUGUUUAACAUUUGUUUGUAACCGGAAGGAGUUUGCGUCGUGUUGUCUUUUCCUCUUUGAAAAGAGGAUUCAGCAAUUCCACUUUUGGACUUUGAAUGAAGACAUUUUGCCUCCUUUUGAUUUCGGGGUGACUUCCCCUCAUAUCACUCCAAGAAACAUGUUGCAUAUCCUUCUGCUUCUGUCUGUGGUGUCACUUUUCAGAGUGGCCGACAGCCGAGCGGUAGAGGGAUUGCAAAGAUAUACUUCGAUCCCCACAUACCUUCCCGUCACCUACCAGCUGCUCAACACUGACUUGGCAUUCUUCCUAAAGGAAAGCAAUCAAGACUUCAUGAGGAACUCUAGCCUGAUGUCGCGCACUGAGUCUUUCUUCAUCUACCAGGCCAGGAGUUUGCCCUCAGUCAACUCCAGCUAUGGGCCCCUCUCUGUGGAGCAGACAAUCCCCUUAGAACUUCUCCAGAGUCCGGGCGCCUUUCCUGCCUCUUCACUUUUUACGGUGAAUUGGAAGGUUCAGACAUUUAUCAUGAAUACCAAGAUUCAGCUGGCCAAGCCCAAAGUUCAGGUUCUAUUUUACAUUGCAGGCAGGGACUGGGAUGACUACAGUGCCAUCAACAAGCUUCCCUGUGUGCACAUGUUUGCCUUUCACGAGACCCAAGAGGUGCACGGCAGCUGCCAGCUGCAGGGGGGUCUGGGGCUUUGCGUGGCCGAGCUGGAGCCUUUGGCCAGCUGGUUCAGCCCCCCGAGUGUGGUGCCGGGACGCCAGAGGAACCUGGAAGUAUCUGAGGGCACCCCAGUGGAGCUCUACUACAUCCUGCAAUCCACAGAGGGAGGCGAGUGCCAUUCCGAGGAGGCCAAGAAGGAAAACUUCCUCCGCUCGAGCCAGGAAGGGCUUUUGGCUUCCUAUACUUCCACGCCUCUAAGAAGGAUCGGCGGUGUGAGACUCUACCAGAAUCCCAGUCCACUCCAACUGGCUGAACACAGACUGGAUCAUAACUUCAUGGUUUUGGUGCCCGCCACACCAGUGAGCCAGAGAGAAACUGUCUCAGCCUAUGUCACCGUGUCAGCCUCUUCUUCUGUGGAGAUGUUCACUCUCAGGGUGAAGUUGAGAGAAGGCGUGACGUUCCUCGGGGCCCGUCCCAGCAACCCCGCGCAGUGGUUCGUGAGCCAGGAUGUGAGGAGCGAAGGUCACCGUGUCGUGACCCUGCGUUGCCAAAGGAAGGAGUCCAACUUCGAUCAGGACGGGGAGGAUCUGGGCGUUCAGAGGGUGUUGCAGGUGGAUCUGAAAAUUGAGAGCUUCCCAGAGCUGCCGGGCAGCCGCUGGUUGGCGUGGCAGGUGGAGUACCCGGCCGGCCGCUCUGCCACGCAGGAGGCCGACACUGAGAUCCGACUGGCACAAGAGGAUGUGGCGGGCAUCGUGCCCUUGGCCAUGAAUACUGAGAUUCUAAACACAGCCGUCCUGACCGGGAAGACGGUGGCCGUCCCUGUGAAGGUGGUAACCAUCGGAAUAGACGCUACCGUUGUUGACGUCUCCGAAGCGGUGGAGUGUUGCACCACAGAUGAAGAAGUGGUCAAGGUGUCAGAGAGGUGUGACUAUGUUUUUGUGAAUGGCAAAGAGAUGAAGGGCAAAGUGAAGAUGGCGGUGAACUUUACCUACGCCUACGUGAGUGCUCAGCUGGAGCUCAAUGUGUGGAUCCCUCGGCUUCCCCUCCAAAUCGAAGUGUCUGAUACGGAGCUGAGCCAGAUCAAAGGGUGGCGGGUGCCCGUCGUGGCCAGCAGUCCCAGGUCCACGCGUGACAGUGGGGAUGAUGAUGAUGAAGAAAGACGAGGACGAGGCUGUACCCUGCAGUACCAGCACGCCGUGGUCAGAGUCCUGACGCAUUUCGUGGCCGAAUCUGCCGAUGCCAGGAGCCAGAGCAGCUACAUGUUGGGCACCGAUUGGCAGGUGGACAUCACAGAGUUGGUGUGGGAAUUUGUCAAGGUGGACAACCCUCAGAUCGCAAAGCUACUGGACAGACGGAUACUUGUGGGACGUGGCCUAGGAAUGACCACCAUCCAGGUGCUCUCUCCUCUGUCAGACUCGAUCCUGGCAGAGAGGACCAUCACGGUGGUGGAUGACAAAGUGACCAUCACAGAGUUGGGGGUCCAGUUGGUCACAGGGCUCUCCAUGAGCCUGGAACUCAGUCCAGGCAGCAACAGAGCCAUCGUCGCUACCACCACCGCCCAAGAGGUUCUGCAGAGCCCCAAACAGGAGGCCUUGAUCAGCGCCUGGUUGCAGUUCAGCGACGGCUCCGUGGCUCCUUUAGACCUGUACAACUCGGACUUGUUCGUCCUGACGGCCACGUCCUUGGAUGAGGACGUGGUGACGGUGCAGCAGAACCCGUCGUGGAAAUGGCCCGCCAUUGUGACAGAGGCGGAGGGCCAAGGCCUGCUGCUCAGGGUGGAAAUGAGCGUUUGUGAGAUUUGCCAGAAAUUCAAGCGGCGUAGUAUCCUGGCAACGGGCAACUGUAAUGUCAAGGUGAAGUUCGGUUACGCUGACAGCUCCAGGGGAGGCAGCAAUGACUACGGCACCGAUGGCGAGGAAAUGGAGAACAGAGGAAGGCCGCCCUCAGCCGACAGGAUGGGGCUCGACAGCAGCUACUACGGCAGCUCGAUAUCGGACUUGGAGCAAGGGGUGUCGAAUGGGGCCACCACCACUGGAAGCGCAAUCACGCGCAGACCCAACGGGGAUAAACUCUCUGGCGAAGGGAGAGAGAGUAUGCCGAUCGACUUUGCCGACUUUCCCGCUCAAGUGGACCUGCCCCGUGGGCGCAACAUGGAAGAUGACCUCGUACAGACUGCCCGUGGUCUCACCGAUCUGGAGAUUGGCAUGUACGCCCUCCUGGGGGUCUUCUGCCUUGCUAUCCUGGUGUUUCUUAUCAACUGCAUCUCCUACACGCUGAAAUACCGCCACAAAGAGCUGUCCGUCGAGGGCCAAGAGAACAUGAACCACGCCCACGACUGGGUGUGGCUGGGAAACGAGGUGGAGCCGCUGGAGAGCGAAAUCAGCUUGUCGCCCCAGCAGGAGGAGCAGACCUCCAUGAUAGACUCGAGCAGCGGGCCGGAGGAAGGCGGCCGCUUGUUGAACGGAGGCUCGGCCCAGAAGAACGUUCAGAGCCAAGUGCACCGGGCGGCCGACACGGGCUGCCCGGCCAAGCACGGCAAGGGAGAAUCGCCGACCACAAAGAGGAAGCGGGUGCAGUUCACCACAUUCACCGUCACGCCCGCACACGCCGGCUGCGCGACUGUUAGCACGCUGACCCGAUGCCACAAGCAGGACAUCAAGUGGGUGUGUCAGGACGUGGCUCUCGGAGACGCCAAGGAGUUACGCAAUUACAUGGAAAGGGGAAAGUGGCUCAAAACAUUUGCUGGAGAAUCAUAUCCAACCUGCCAAAGGCUCAAUGUCACUUUGCCACAAAUGUCACGUGACACAUGAGAAAUACGUCAUUGAAUGAGGACUUGGUGGAAUCUUCGAUUUUGUUUCGUUCAUCAGUCUUUGUUUGAUUAUCACAGGAUUAGUAACUUUCCCAGUAAGGAUCUGCUGCCGAUAAACCUGUGUAAUUCAAAUGGCAUGUAGAAUUGAAAAGAAACGAUAGAUGUUCAGAAUGUUUAUGAUGCAUAUUAAACCGUUUUGGAGCGCUUUGUAACACUUUGGUUGUUGGUUUCUAAGGAAAAAGAAAGGCCAAACGAAAUGUGUGCAUGUAAUUGGAAGGAAAUGGGCACAAUGGCCAAGCGUGCAACCUCAUACAAAGUACUGUAUUGUUUCUCUGUAUAUUGUAUUUUCAUAACAUUUAAGGAAUAUACAACUAUGUCAAGAGUGUGUAUCAGCUUUUAUUGACUUGAGGGUCUUCAAACAUCUCAUUCGUCUGGGGAACUGUUGUUGUUUUGCAAGCACAGGGUUUGACCAAAUUACACAUCAAUCCUCAUGUUAAGAGUA